AUGUCGCGACCGGAGCUCACGGCGCCGGCGGAUGUGUUUUACUCGCACACGGAGGCGAGAAAGUACACGCAGAGCUCGAGAGUGAUUGAGAUUCAGGAGCGCCUGACGGAGCGCGCGGUGGAACUGUUGAAUUUCCCCGAUGAUGGGAGCUGUCGGUUGAUCCUGGACGUCGGGUGCGGGUCGGGGCUGUCGGGAGAUCGAUUGACCGAGCUCGGACAUCAGUGGAUCGGGAUCGACCUGAGCGAGGCGAUGUUGGAGCACGCGCGGGAACGAGAGGUGGAGGGAGACGUGACGCGGAACGACAUGGGACACGGCGUGCCGUUUCGUCCAGGGGUGUUCGAUGGGUGCGUGAGUAUUUCAGCGGUGCAGUGGUUGUGUAACGCCGAUAACAGCGCGCACAUCCCGCAACGAAGGUUGAAGACGUUCUUCACGCAGUUGUACAAGUGCCUCAAGCGCGGCGCGAAGGCGGUGUUGCAGAUUUAUCCCGACGGGCCGAGGCAGGCGGAGAUGAUCACCACGGCGGCGUUGAGGGUUGGGUUCAGUGGGGGGUUAGUCGUCGACUAUCCGAACUCGACGCGGGCGAAGAAGUACUUUUUGGUCCUCGCCGCGGGUCCGCCCGAGUCGCUGCCCAGAGCGAAAGGCGAGGACGACGACGAGGAUGAUUACGAGCGAAGAGGGAUGCGCAUGGACGGGAGAAAGAGCGAUAAGGGCGCCAAGUAUAGGAAAUCGAACAACCACAAGGGUAAGGCGUGGGUGAUGAAGAAGAAGGAGCAGUACAGAAACCGCGGCGUACACGUCGCCAACGAUAGCAAGUUCACCGGACGCAAACGCAAGGACAGGCUCUGA